CCAAAAGCAAUAUCACCUUCUUUCCCUCUGCAAUUCCUCUCAAAUCCCCCAAUUUCUCCAAUUAAUUAUGAAUACAUUUCAAUUUUGUAUGUGUUUUCGAGAGAAGAUUUUGGAUUAUCCCUGAUUGAUUGAUUUCGUUUUUCGUGGUUUCCAUCUGAUUAUUGUCUUCUGAGAUCUAAGCGGUUGUAAUUAUGGCGGCGGGGACAAUGGCGACGGCAGCGGGUGCAGCCGUGAUACUGUAUUUUGUGUUAAGUAGGAGGUUAGCGGCGAAAAGAGGGGGAGAGGGAGAGGAGGAGGAGGAUGGUUUGUCGAAAUCGAGUAGAUCGUUGAAGAGAAGGAUAGCGAGGCGGCCUGCUCAGGCGCCGGCCACGUGGUUUGAGGCGAUAGCUACGAUAUCCGAGACCUUGAGGUUUACAUAUUCGGAGACGCUCGGAAAAUGGCCCAUUGGUGACUUGGCUUUUGGCAUCAAUUAUCUCAUGAGGAGGCAGGGAAAUUCACAAAUUGCAACUGUGUAUGCAGGAAAUAAUUCUGUGGAGCUGAAGGGACCCGAAAUUAUCAGGGAGUUGAAUAGCCUCUUGAGGUUGCUGACUCUUUGUAUGUUUUUCUCAAAGAAGCCAUUUCCGGUUUUUUUAGAAGCUGCUGGUUACACUGAGGAAGAUGUUCUGCUUCAGAAGCCCAAAGCAGGGGUUCUAAAGCCCGCUUUCACAAUCAUACGUGAUAACGGUUUGAAGUGUUUCCUUCUAUUGAUUCGUGGGACUCACAGCAUAAAAGAUACACUAACAGCAGCAACUGGUGCAGUGGCUCCUUUCCAUCAUUCAGUUUUACAUGAUGGUGGGAUUAGCAAUUUAGUUUUAGGAUAUGCACACUGUGGAAUGGUUGCUGCAGCCCGUUGGAUUGCAAAGCUUAGUGCUCCAUGCCUGCUAGAUGCUCUUGGUGAAUAUCCUGACUACAAAGUUAAGGUAAAUGCUAUAUUUCUUCAAUUUAAAGAUAUUGCUGCUGUUAGCAUCUUCUCUUGUUACAGAAACAUGUCACAUUUUCUCUGCUUAUAUGUGAUGAAUUAUGCACUUGUAACUUCAAGAUAAACUUUAAAUGUAGACUUUCGUAUGAAAUAAUGAAUUAGAUGAGAUACCAUGUUCAACUUCUAAAGUAGUGUUUUGAGGUUUCUUUCCAAUUUACUGGAUUAACUCAACAAAAACAAGACAUAGGUAGAAAAUGAAUUGCAUUCAGCUGAAGCCAGUAGUUUUAACUGAUAAGGCAAUAAAUUCAGCUGAUAUGUUGAUUAGUCUAGUUUUGUGUGUGCCUCAUAUCUGGUUUUUUUGUUAUCUAUGGACUCCUUUUUCCUGCACACAUGUUUUAUUCGGAAUGCGUUGCAUUGGAAUUUCUGUGCUCUAGGUUGGUCUCUGUCUGUGAUCUUUGUAUCCAAUGUUUUGUUUUGGUUUUAGAUUGUUGGCCAUUCACUUGGUGGUGGCACUGCUGCGCUGUUAACAUACAUUCUUAGAGAACAAAAAGAGUUCUCCUCUAGCACAUGUGUGACAUUUGCCCCUGGUAAGGGUCCUAAAUUCUUGCUUUUUUAUGGAGGAAAAUCUCAACAUAAGCAUUUUAAGUUAGAAAAAUCAGAGGAAUUUUUGUAAUUAAGAAAUCUCAAUUUUGCCU